UGCAAAAAGCUCCUAGAGUCGGCCUCCUAUGAGACACAUACCCAAAUGCAAAUCCUUUACGACUCGUCUUGUCAACCAAAAGGAUGGGAAGGAUUCUUCAAUCGAGCCGACGUGAAAAAAAUGGUAGAAGAUAUCUCCAGUCGGCUUCAGGAAGAUUCUCAAGUGAGGGGGCUCGAACUGAAUCCAAAAAUCGGAUGGAUUUUCAGAGCGUUCCAUAUGGUUCCUCCUGACCAAGUGAAGGCUAUAAUUAUGGGUCAAGAUCCAGCCCCACAACCUGGCCUAGCAACGGGGCUCUCAUUUAGCCUAGAUCCCUCGGUCCAUCCCAAAACUGUCCAAAGUGUGCUAAGAGUGAUUCUUGAAGCUCGAAACGAAGGGUACUGCGUCAAUGCUAGUGUUGGUGUCUUGGAGAGCUGGGCUAAACAGGGCGUUCUUCUGCUCAAUACAGCGCUGACCUUAGUACAGAACAAAAUUGGCUCGCACAUACCAAUCUGGAAAAAAUUCAGCCGUGAAAUAAUGAAGUACAUCAACGGCAAUAUUAAUCCAUCCGUUUGGAUUCUUUGGGGUAGCAAAGCCAAGGCUCUAGAGAACAAAAUCGACAAGAGCAAACAUUACAUUGUAAAAGGAGGCCAUCCAUCGCCCAGGGCACCGGCCGAAAAGUUCUUUUGUCAAAAUUAUUUCUCCUGUGCAAACGAGUGGCUGUGUAAGAAAGGCCGUGGCACGGUGGACUGGAACCUAGUUCCUCUGCCUUGCAAAAAACACGCCAGUCGUUUGUUUGGGUGGAAAAGGUCUGGUUCAGGGUUUUAUGAAAAAGAUGAAUGUGAAAUGCAGCCCUGCCCUGCAUUCUAAUGUAUUAAGGUAAACAAGAAGAUUGGAAUAAAGUACUGUAAAGUAUAAAAAUAAUGUUCAUAUUGUGUGUUGUGUUUAAUACUUUGCUCAGAACAUGCAAUCACUUUAAUACUAGUUUGUAAUCAAUCAUCUUUAGGCAGAAGCAAGCGAAAUACUCUUUUAUCUUGUGAAGGAAUAAGACAGUGUUUCUUCAAAUACAAAGCUACGUCAUUUGUGCAUGCAGAUGAAAUACUGUUAAGCUGGUAUAAAAAAUGAAAUUGCUGGAGACUACACAAUUGAGUUAAAUGUGGCGACUUGUAAGACAACAUCACUUAAAUCAACAUAAACGUAUGAGUGGAAAUGGUCGAACAGAACAAACUGUGUUUUCCUGUGAAAUAAACAAGCAUUUGUAACGUUAUUUACAUAUCUCCAGAUGCGACCCAGUUCGUCGGACACCAGAUUUAUUAGAAAAGGGUUUCUUUCUUUGUUUUUUGUUUUCGUUCGUAUUAAGAUCCAGAGCAGAAAUGUUUCGAACUGGAAAAGUUCAUCAGACCAAUCUGAUUUUUCUUCCUAACGAUUUGAUGGCAUCUGUUCAUCUUUAUCAGAGCCUUUUUUCAUAUUUUUAGACGGAAAACGUUUUACUACAAGCACUAAAAAAAUAUAUUUGAUCAACUGUUUUGGUUCAAAUUGCUCCUCAAGAGGCUUAGUUAGACUUUGUUCUACCUCGCUAAAUCAACACUUAAGGUCUGCAACAAACCUUACUUUUUGAUUUCGAGUGUUGUUCAGUAUCGCGAAAAAGUAUACACAGCAAUGAGAGGCCCUCUUAUCAACAAACUGCUACAAUGAAUUACAAAACCUGUUACAACCCGUAACUUCAUGACUGCUCUUUCUUUUUCUUUAAGAUUACAUGAGACAAAAAGCACCAGCAGCACCAGGUAAAAUAAGAGUCCUUGACAUCGUUUCGACAGUUGUUGAUGAUCUGAAGACAGUACAAAUCGUUAGUUUAUUACUUUUUUAAGAAACAUGUAUCUUGUGCCGGAUAGUUGACGAAGUAAUAUCUCAAAAGUGUAAGAACUAGAACGCAGAAACGUAAGUGCUUUUUAAAAUGUAUCAUUUGGUGUCUUUUUAGAUUUAUCUAAAAAUUUAGAGAAAUGUCCUACGCUUGAUCUCCUACUAAAAUAUUUUCUGUGCAGUUAUCGAUUUCUUCAUUCAACUUUUUGUGAGUCUUGUCUUUCUGUAAGCAAAGAUUUUAUGGAAAAGUUUAUUGUUUUAUUAACUGAUCGUGCUUUAAGUCAAGGAUUUAAAUUUCUAUGAGACGAAAAAUAACUGUUGACUUAUUCAUGAUCGAUCAGAUCAGAUACACUGUAAAUUUGAAAAGAUUUUCACCCUGAAGUACCAACUAGCCCUAAAAUAAAAAUAAGAAGUUUAAAGUUUUCUUAACUGAUCGUGCUUUAAGUCAAGGAUUUAAAUUUCUAUGAGACUAAAAAUAACUGUUGUACUUAUUCAUGAUCGAUCAGAUACACUGUAAAUUUGAAACGAUUUUCACCCUGAAGUACCAACUAGCCCUGCAGGCCAAGUCUUAUUACAUACUGUAAGUUUCCUGUGGAGCCAUUUAAUAGGCAAUUUGAAUCAAAACGGCCGGCUCAGAUAUCUUUUAUGACAGUGAAUAUAUGAAAUCUUAUAUAUUUGGACGGUUAUGAGCCUUCUUCCCGCACUGAUUCAAUCCUGUCUUUAACCAAGUUACAUAUCUCUUCUAUCACUGGUGCAAGUAUGCCUCGCUGAUUCGCUCCUGCAUUGUAUACUGAUAAAACAUCCCAGUUCAAUGACUGGCUUAGAUUUGCCGUGCCUAGGCCAGGGCGAAAAAACGAGUACUUCGUGACCCAUUUGUUUCUUGAUUUCCUGAUGAUGAUGUGCCCCAAGAACUGGAGCUGUCGUUCUUGUAACAGCUGCAUGAGCGGGACUUGCUUCACCCGGCCUCUCGAGGACUUCUUCUUUCUUGUUACCCAGAAAUAUUCUACAGCAAUUGGUUGGUCAGCUGAUGACUUUAUCUUCAAGCUUCUUUAAUUUGCUAGUGUUCCUGCGUCACAUCCGUAUAGAAGGAUCGGUAGAUAGGUUGUCUCGAACGAGUUGAUUUAAGGUCUGUAGAGGUAGUCGCCCAAGACUCUCUAACUUCCAGCGGCGAUCUUUCACAUAGCCUUCAUUGGACGCCAUCCUUUAUCCAAGGUAAAUGAAAUCAUCAGCGAGCUUGAUGUCUUCAUUAUUUGAGACCGGGUUUUCCUUGCGGCUGUUGCCACUUAUAAUUUCCUUUUUCUUUGUGCUGAUGACGAGGAGUAUCUUUUCGGUCUUAGCAGUUUUUUUUCAGCUGGUUAUGGGCUUCUUCAAGGGAAUUCCCAAGAGUAUCAAUAUUGUCUACAAAGUCUCAGGUCAUUAAUCACUUCCCUGAGGUAUCUGGCAAAUCUUCUGGGCGCUCUGGUAAAGUCGUGGUCUCCCUCUCAUUGCUUCAUUAUGAAAUGGUUGAUAACGAUGAGCAAAAAGGGGACCGAGACUCUCCCCCCCCCCCCCGCCCAAAAAAAGGAGUCUAGUGAUGACCUCAAAGUCUUUAGUCAGAUGGCCAUCAACAUAUACUGCACUCUUGAAAUUGGUAUAUAGGGCUAUCGAGGUAUCAACUUAUGGUUCGGGAUUCCGUUUUGUUCGCAAUAUACCCGUAAAAGAUGGAGAUUUGGCAGUAAUUUAUCGAUACGAAUAUGUGACAUCUCAUCUGUUCAUAAAGUCCAAAUAUUUUCAGGCUGUAGUUUCGUAACUGCCUACGUUGCGUACAUAUCUGGGAUGAUCCUUCAUGUGUUAAAUCAGACACUACUGUCUCUAUUCUAGCCCACACUGGAACUCGUUCCAACUUGAGGGUCAAAAUUUGGAUUCAGCACUAAACCAAAUCUUCUAAAAUGACAGUGUCCAUGUGUAAACUUUAUACGUACUUAGUUACGAACAGGUAGGGGUGUUUAUCUACACCACAGGAGACUAACUUGUAGUUUCUAAAUUGACGUUUAUGGUCGAGAAAGUCUAUUAUUUGAGCAGUUUUUCCUCGAAAAGUUUCCGUCGAAAGGAGAACUUGCCCUUGCUAAUCAUUGGCAAAACUUGGCAAAUGUUUUGUUUGACAAGUGUUCUUGUUCAUAACCUAGCGUGCUGUUUUCGACCGAACAAAUAGGACACUUUCCCAAGAAGGCUUUCAGAAACAUUUUUUUGUCUCAACUCUUUUCAGAUCGUAAGAAAUUCGUUCCUGGACAGCUUGAUUGGGAGCACCCAGUUAUCAAAGAUGAACACUCAACUCACGAUUUUUGCUUUGGCAAUUUUCCUGUUUGCUACAUGUUCUCGUGGUAAGGUCAUUGACUUCUUCUACUCUAUUAAGGCUAGAAAACGUACAUUUUUUUGUACUAGUUGUUAACCGUUUAUUACACUGCGCUGGGAAUAAUAAUGAUAAAAAUUGGCAAUAGUCUUGGCUUAGUCUUAUGGGAUUUACGGAUCUACUAUGUCUAUUAAGCGGAGGAAAGGUCUUGUUCUGCCGGUGCGUUUCUACAAUUCACGUUGUAAAUGAAAGCAAUUAUUACCCUGAUCACCAAACGCGCUGCUUGCGCAACCGAGCUAUGAGCUCUUAACCGUGAGGAAGGUGUGAGUUUUAAGCAGCUGUAGUUCUUAGAACGGUUUAAUACCUGUUGCUAAGAAUGUUUUCGUCAAUGGUAAAAUUGCCUUUCUAGAUACGAAUACGAGUCAUAUGUUGAAGUGUGACGUCACAUGACGUCAAGAAUUCGCUAUUUUUAAUUGAUGGCAGCAAGAAAUAUAACUUUUGUCGAGACAACAAAAGCCAAAAUAUGAAAAAAAAAAUGGUGUAAUGUAACGUUUUAUUAGUCUUUCAUAUUCCAUUGCUUUGUAAAAAAAUCCAAUCAAAUGUACCAUCGGUUAAAAUAUGUCUUUCUAACAAUACUUUGAUUCUUCUUAUCUGAAACUGUUUAGGUUACUCUGCAAGGCAUAAUUCUACAAAAAGAGAGUUUAAGAAAGAUGAGGAAUUACAUGACGACAGGUGCACACGGCUCCUAGAGUCCGCGUCCUAUAAAACCUAUACUCUCAUGCAAAUCCUUUACAAAUCGUCUUGUCAACCAAAAGGAUGGGAAGGGUUUUUCAACCGAGCGGACGUCAAAAAACUGAUAUUAAAGAUCUCCAAACGGCUUCAAAAAGAUUCUCGAAAGAGGAAGCUUAGACUGAAUCCAAAAAUCGGAUGGAUUUUCAGAGCAUUCCAUAUGGUUCCUCCUGACCAAGUGAAGGCUAUAAUUAUGGGACAAGAUCCAGCCCCACAACCUGGCCUAGCAACGGGGCUCUCAUUUAGCCUAGAUCCCUCGGUCCAUCCCAAAACUGUCCAAAGUGUCCUAAGAGUGAUUCUUGAAGCUCGAAACGAAGGGUACUGCGUUAAUACUAAUGUGGGUGUCUUGGAGAACUGGGCUAAGCAGGGCGUUCUUCUGCUCAAUACAGCACUGACCUUAGUACAGAACAAAAUUGGCUCGCACAUACCAAUCUGGAAAAAAUUCAGCCGUGAAAUGAUAAAGUACAUAAACGACAAUAUUCGUCCAUCCGUUUGGAUUCUUUGGGGUAGCAAAGCUAAAAGGCUAGAGAACAAAAUCAACAAAAGAAAACAUUACAUUGUGAAAGGAGGCCAUCCAUCGCCCAGGGCAGCUGCCAAAAAGUUCUUCUGUCGAAGUUACUUUACCUGUGCUAACGAAUGGUUGAAUAGAAAAGGUCGCGGCAUAGUGGACUGGAACCUUGUUCCUCCGCCCUGCAAAAACCACGCCAGUCGUUUGUUUGGCCGGAAAAAGACUGGUUCAGGGUUUACCGAAAAAGAAAAAUGUGAAAUGCAGCCCUGUCCGGCAUUUUAAUGCAGUGAGAUAAAUAAGGAGAUUGAAACAAAGUAAAACAUCUGUUCGCUAUUAUUUGAAUUUGCAGUCACUACUCUUAAGUAAGAAGCAAACGAAAUCAGUCUUUUAUCGAAUUAAGGAACUGACCAAAAGACCUAGGUCACAGUGGGAAACUCAGUUCUUGAAGUAAGGUGGCGGGGGAAGGGAGGUUUGAAAAGAAGCAUCUAAGUGCCUUGUUUAAAAGGAGGAAGGAGGGCAAGAAUUACAGGCUCCUCCCCUAGACCUACUAUUAUUGUAAUCAGUAUCUUAGCUUCUCAGCAUAACGAAGAGAUACAUGUGAUAACUAAAGAAUGAUGGUAAAUUUUAACAUCGGUGAAGAAAUGAGUAAUGAUGUGAUCAACAUGUCACGAGCACGAGACAAAGAAAAAUUCUGAGUCACCAACAGGAAUUGAACCUGAAGACGAAUAGUUCUAAUUUGCUUUUGUAUUUUUGUACUCUUUCCUUGAACACUGCCGAGUCUGCUUAGAUGAAUCCUGGUAACUUAACGAUACAAACAAACUAGUAAUGUAAUUUAAAAGGACAUCGAUCACAGCUGCAUUGCUUAUAAAUACAAAUGAAAGGAUAUAAAUAAGUGUCAUAAAUAUCUGGACCUAGGACGAAAGGAAACAUACCAAUAAAAAGUCACUAUGAUGGUCCUUAAAUGUGGUGCUUUUUAUAUGAAAACAUGAUAUGUUUAAGCGAAAGCGCUCUAACAGAGAAAUGUGAGUGCGAAACAGACAUUAUAUUCAAACUGCACAUUACACUGGCCAUACUUCAAGGUUGUCUUUUCUGACUCCUCUUUGUCUUUCAACAGCAUCAAAAGCCAUUACGGCUCCUGAUAGUAUAGUUCUCACUACACUUUUAAAACGUUUGCUAUAUUUUGUUCAUACUUUCAAACAACAAUCUGCAUCGCAAGAAGUGCGUCGUUUUGAUAGGUAUAGUGAGCUAACUUUUAAUUAUUACCUUAGGGUUCUCUUUGAAAGUCUCAGUUUGUUUAUACGAGAAAGGUUUGUCCUAUAAGAAAUCGUCGUUAUAGUCAUAUUUUUCUCGGACGUUUUAUGGGCUCAAUCUCAGCGAAAGAAAUUAACCUCUUCGAACAUCUCCAUGUUUUAUUAUUACUUUUUCUUGCAGAAAAAGGACCUCUUUAUAACAGAUAAAUAUUUAUUUGUUACUCCAAAAAGUGUCUGACUAUCAAGGUGAAGAAGUCGGUGCUACGCAACAUUUAUCGUAACAAAAAUGUGUUUGGCGGUAUUUCAUAGCUAACGGCCAUUUUAGAAGCGCGCCACUUGAUAUUAGCAUAAUGAUUGUGUAAUAAUUCUCAUAAAAAUAAGGUGCAAACGAGAGACUGUGAUAUUAGGGCCAUUUAUACGAGGAAAAAUAAGACGCGUCUUACAUAAGACGCGUCUUAAAUAAGACACGAACUUUCCGUAUAAACGGCACAUUUCGUCUAAAAUAAGACGCGGCCUAGCUAAGACGCGUCUUAUUAGAUAAGACAUGCUCGUAUAAAUGGUACAGUUCGCGUCUUAUUUAAGACGCGUCUUAUUUUUCCUCGUAUAAAUGGCCCUAUUGUUACUAUCGGAUGAACUUUUUUGCGCUUUUACCUGGAUAAAAGUGGCAAAGACUCAAAUCAAGAGUAUAUUUGCCAGUAAAGAAGAUGUAAUACAGAAAAAUAAUGUAACGAAUUUUAUUCAUAGUGGGAAAGGGAAAACGUCAUAGUAUAAACUCCAAAGUACAUGAAAGACAGCCCACUCUUUUACAAUACCUAAAGCAACCACAUUACCUCCGCCUUUUUUUAAGCAUUCACCCCAUCAAUAGGCCCUUUGCAGCUAGCCAUUCACGUGGUACAAAACCGCCAUGCUGGAGAGCAAAAGUUGCACUGGGACAAGACAAACAAAAGGCAUACAUGAGUUUAAAUGAUAAUUUCCUUUGUUUGACUUGCCCGGUGCGACUUUUGCUCUUCAGCAAGAAACGUUAAUGGCUACCUACCUGCAAAGGGCCUAUUAAUCCUAAUAGGGAGGACGAAAUACUUGUUGUAUAAGUGGCAUUACUUAGUCGAGCUGGUGGAGUUAAUUUGAAAAACGGUUGGUUUGUAAAAAUGUGUAGGUACACGCCCAGUCCCUACACCUGUAAGCUAUUUAAUUUGUUAUCGCCACGUUGAAAAUUGCCCGACUUUUUAAAAUCAUUUUCUGAACAGUUAAAAUGACAAUGAAAUAAUUACGAAUUUCCAAUUAAAACAUGAACAUCUAUUAGACCUCCUAUCCUCUAAUAAGCCCCUGCUUUUUGGUACCCCCUAGCUUAGAUAAGUAAAAUAUAUACGUCAAUCAUAACAGAUCAACAUGAUAUCCCCGAAGCUGAUUGGUUCAGGAAAGAACUUUAGCUGGUGUUAUUCACCAAUUGAAGGAAAGAGUGUGCUAACCACGAUUAUUAAGCACGCAGACAAAUUUAUAAAAAGAAAGCAUCCGAGGCGUAUCUGCGAAAUCUUUAACUGAACAAGAGCAGGAAUUUCAAACCACGUUUGACAAAGUAAGGUAAGAAUUCUACUUCAAUUGUCAACUUGCUCCCACCAUUUUUACUUCCUUAACAUGUAUAACAACUGGAUCUAUUUUCGUACGAAGAUCGUCUCUAAGUUCUUUUAAGUAUAUAUAUAUGAGCGAUGUGGAAAGAAAUUCCAGGCAAUCGACAUAUUCAGAGUUGAUGAACCAGUUCAGACUCCUAAAAGAUAUUGUGCGCCGUACCUAUAGCACAGAACCAUUUUGUUUGACCGAAGAUGCCUUGGUUCUUGAUAUUUCAAAGAUCGCUCAAAUUGCGUCUCCAUUGUAUUCCGGUUCUAGUUCAAAUCAGAAGAUUAGAAAUUGGUUCUCAAUCAAAAUUUUAACAUUUCUGCUCAGGAUUGAAGAUGGAUGCAAAAUUUACAAAAUUAACGAUUUUCGCGAUGGCUUUCCAAGAAAUUGAAAAAUUGAAAAUUCAGCAAUUUUUGGUAUUUUACAAAACUUCUCUCCCUUUGUAAUGUAAAUAUCAACGAGUGCUUAAAAUUUUAUUACAAUGCAAGCAUCUAAACGGAAAACAUUUUUCCUUUAAGUCAUUUGAAUCUCUAUUUGCAGGUUUUUAGGAGUUUUCGAAAUUUUCCGUUCGUCGAAGAAAAAGCAAAAUAGGAUCCUCCCUCCAAAAUUGUUUCUCUUGGCGGUGAAAUAAUGUAAUUUACACUUAUCUAUAUUGCGAACAUAACCCUUUAGAGUGAAAGAUGAAAAGAAGUUAAAAAGGAUAUGAAUUAUUAUCAUUUUCUUUUCAUUUGAUGUUAGCUAUAUUCUUGUCAAAGGUGUGGCUUGCAAGGAAUGAAGUCGAUUGUGUUUCUUUUGGCAAUUUAUCUUAUGGCGUCCAGUGAUGGUAAGCUGAUUUUUAUAUUCGAGUUUUCCAUUUCUUCAGUAUGUAAGUUAACUGAAAGUCACUUACAGAAACAUCAACGGAGGCAUAACAUUAUUUAUUGAACUAAGGAGAGCUCUUCAUGCCGUUGAGACUACAUAGAUGGGCUUGCUGUGCUCUAAUUUCUAGCUAAUGAGUUGCCGUGAUUCGCGAGUAAUACUGAAGUAUUACUCGCGAAGCGGUUUUUUUCAAUGUUACUAGCAACGUCGUUAAAAAUGUAAAUAGUCCAUAGUAAUCAUCUUGAAGUGAGACUUCUGCUUGUUAAACAGGACACCUUCGCCGCAAGAAUCCGCCCGCCUCGAAAGAAAAGUGCGAAAAGCUUCUCGAAAGUGCAACGUACGAGACGUACACCCUGAUGGAGCUGAACUAUAACUUAUCUUGCUAUCCUAAAGGUUGGAAAAACUUCUUUUUCCAAGAAGACGUUAUCCAGAUGGUUAAAAACAUAUCUGAUCGACUCCAAUACGACUCUCAAGUCCAGAAACGUGGAAUUAAUCCAAAGAUUGGAUGGGUCUUUAGAGCACUCAACAUGGUUCCACUUGAUCAAGUGAAGGCCAUAAUUAUAGGGCAAGAUCCAGCUCCACAACCCGGUCUAGCAACCGGGCUCGCGUUCAGUCUUGACGAAUCGGUCCACCCCACUGAGGUACCAAGUGUUCAAAGAGUGAUCCUUGAGGCACGGAAUGAGGGUUACUGCGUUGAUCCAGAAAAAGGCGUUUUAAUAAGCUGGGCCGAACAAGGAGUUGUCCUGCUCAAUACAGCUCUGACCUUGAUUCAAGACGAAAUAGGCUCGCACAUUGACGUAUGGGCAAAUUUCACCGAUAAUCUCAUCGACUACAUCAAUGAAAACGCUAGUCCAUCCGUAUGGAUCCUCUGGGGCUGGAACGCUAAACAGCUGGAAGAUAAGAUCGACCAUAGCAAGCAUUAUGUCCUCAAGGGAGGCCACCCCUCACCCAAUGCAGACGGGAAAUACUUCUUCUGCCAGAAUUAUUUUUCUUGUGCAAACGACUGGCUGUGCAGAGAGAAUCGUGGUAUGAUCGAUUGGAACCUAGUUUCUCUGCCCUGCCAGAAGCAUACCAGUCAGAAUUAUGUUAGAGUCACCGGUUAUCCAGGUUUUACUUAUGGGCAGCCUUGUCUAAUGCAAGCCUGCCCUGCAUUUAAAAAGUGA